AGAAAGAUUGAGGUGGUGCAACUAAAAGUUGCAAGUAUUAAAUGUACUGUAAACAAUUAGCGUAGUACGUCAUGUACGAUUUCUUUGCGAGAGGUAACAUGGAGGUUGCAACUAUAUGAUUGAUUUUUCUGCUAGAUUCUACCAAAUUCUCAUUGUUUCUGUUAUUUUAAAGCUAUUACAACUACAAAAAGCGCUUUUUCUGCUUUUGUUUUGUAUCUUUUGUAUAGGAAUUUAUUGUGAUUUUUACCGCUUCCAAGAGCCUAAUCAUGUUUGGUGCCAUUUGCGCAGGACGUUUAGUACAGACAAAUUUACAACAAGUCGCUGAAAACCAGUUUGUGUUUCAACUCGACUUUGCUGAAAGCCUAAACCAUAUCGUUGUCUUUUUAUUACCAACUGCUCCAUUUGCUCCUGGCAUGGGAGCCAAGGUUUAUUUCCAGUGGCCUGGAAAAACCUUUCAGUUCCUCGGUUAUUUGACUAAUGACAAGCCUAGUGCAAUCUUUCGUUUAAAAAAUACAAUUCAGUCUCUGUCUAAUGACAUGCCUUGUAUCGGUGUUACAGCAAUUUUGGGUAUCAGUGUGGAGCCUACUGUUAAUUUUGUUGAAUCACCUGCUGGCGAGGCCGCAGCUACUUCUGCGAUUGCAAAACCCCUUCCUCCUACGACCUCAAUUGCUCAACGUAUUUUGCGAAAUUUGUAUAAUUUCCUUGCAAGUUUCGCAACCUCCAACCUUCCACCGAAUGCUCUUGGUUUGGGAGAUAUACGUCCAAAUGAUACCUACAUUCCUUUGAGAGUAUUCCAAGAUUGGCAUACAAAAUUUUUGGCAAAAAUAAAUAACAAUCCUAAUUUUUUGGAUUCCGACGAUCAGAUCUAAUGCAUUCUUUCUUGAAUUACCUUUAUUUUUUAUUAUAAAAAGUGUACGAGACGUCGUUUAUGAUAAAUAUUUACUUGCUAAAGUGUACUUAUAUCUUUGUUACGUUAUUUCACAUAAUAGAUUAUUACUUAAUAUAAAUUGGUA